AUGCAGCCCGUGAUCUGUGCCGAGCGCGGUGUCAACUCGCUGACGCUGGAGGUCUCACCUGGCGACGCAGAGCCUCCUUGGGCGGUGCAAGUCCUGGUUCCUGGAAGCUGGUUCCAAAGCGAAGAGUGGAGAGAGCUGGUGGAAGGCAAGGAGGUGUCCACUGUGCAAGUUGUAGGCUCGAAAGCCCUCUACCAUGUGCACGUUUCGAAUCUGCAGCCCGAGACGAAGUACAGCCUCCGCCUCAUGCCUCCGAAGAAAUCGGCCACGGAUUGGAGCUUGCACUGUGACUGCUCGACAUUGGGAAGGCCGGAACGCUCGAAUCCACCUCGGUGCAUUGGCCGCUGGCCAGAGAAGUUGCGGAUUGAGUGGAAGGUUCGGACGCCGGUCGGUGCUCCGAUUCUCGAGUGCCAAGUUCAGCAGUGCUCGCAGGAGGUUUUCAGUGUGUGGCAAGACGUGGCUCUCCUGGAAGAUGUGGCCGUAUCAGAGAGCAAGAACGGCAAGCCGAGUGAUCGAGAGGAGACAUGGAGUGCGGCCGUCCCCAAUCUGAAGGCCGCAACAAGCUAUCAUUUUCGGGUGAAGGCCUGCAACACGGUCGGGUGGUGUGCGGACUUCUCGGACGAGGAGAUAUUCCGCACAUCGGAGCCCCCAGAUCCUCCUGUGAAGCUAAAGCUGCUGUCUCGGCAACCGGGGAAGGUGGAAGUGGAGUUCGAAUUUCAGGAUGCCGACGGAUGCCCAGUCUCACACAUCGAACCAGAAUUCUGUCUGAAGCCCGAGGGCACCAACAUCACCGGAGUCAUUCCUGGAGAGAGCGCCGACGGCUUCAGCAACAUCCUGGACGCCGCGACAUGGUGGUGGCAGACACCACAGCAUUUCCAGCUGUCCCUGCAGGAUCCGGAACCGUCUGCAGGUCGCAACGAUGUCCGCCGCGCGACAGUUACAAUUGGUGAGCUUCGGCCCGAGCAGACGAUUUGGCUUCGACUUUGGGCAGUGAACCAGGCCGGCCGUUCCCCUGAGCCAUCGCAGCCUUUGGCAUGCCGACCCUCAGACAGGCCGCCAAAAGUGGAUGACCUCUGCUGCAUCGUCCGCGGGGCCACAUGGCUGGAGGUGCAGUGGCGAACAAGGGAUCCCGACGGCGCACCGGUGACAGAGUGCAGCGUCGAGGUGAGCCGUGAGAACCUUCUCAGCAACUGGAUACAGCUUCCUCGGAAUGGCGUGUGGCGUUGCGGCCAGGGAAGAAGCACUUGGCGAGCUCGAGCCGCCGGCCUUUCCACCGAGACCGACUUCCGUGCGACCUGGGCGCGUGUUGUGAGUUGA